CAAAUGUGGAAUGUGGAUCUCGCCGAAGGGCCGAAACAUGGCGAGCUUCGAUGACUAGACGGAGUAGGUGCCAUACACACAUUCCUGAUAUCCCGUCGCGAGUCAUUGUUCUGCCCGGCGAUGGACCGUGAAGGAUCGACAGAAUAUUGUAGAAUAUCACGGAUCCGUCUUCGCGGCAUCUAUUAGAUCGAGAACAUUGCAUUAAGAAUCUUCGAUUGUAUUUAACCUUCGAACAACAACCGAAGUUUGAAAAUUGACGAGACUUUCGUACGUGCUUUGAGAGGACUUUACGCUGAAGAGGGGAAACAUGAGAAUCUUAAUUACAGAAAAUGUCUCGUCAAUUUCUUUCAAAGAAAUGAAUAUGGUUCAGUUGUUUCUGUAAUUGUUACGAGUGUUAUUUUUAAUUUGCGCUGAAGAGAUAAACUCAAGUUGUCGGGCAACUUAUCAUGAAUCAUGUAUAGCUUUGAGGGAGAUUAUAGGCGCAAGCCACAGCAGAAUUUAUCAGGUGCUAGCAGACGAGAUGAGAAAGCCGUUCUCCUGCAGCACGCACAGUUAGAGAGGCUAAAGAGGGAGCAGCAGCGCAAAAAGCAUGAUGCGGCGCUGAAAAUACAGGCGCGCAUACGCAGCUUUGUCACCAGGAGGCUGGUGUGCGCGCAGAAGAGGAAAGAGUUUGAUGAAGCGCAACAGGCAGCCGGACGCAGAAACCUGAGCCUAGAAGAAUUAGUGCCGUACCUCCGAAAGUUGUUAUUCUUUUAUAAUCACGCCUUGGAUGCUAACAGACUGAUAUGGGUUCUUCAGCACUUUUUGAAGCACCAGAGAGAAAUUAAAUUGAAGUCAAUAAGUUCGUCGCAAUGGCUGUGGAGACUGCAAUGGAUUCUUCGUAUGUGUAUGCGAUACAACACGGAAACGCUGCCAGAUGGAGCAUACUCUCUGGCGAUACCGUUACGUGUUCUGGAGGUAUUCACAACGCGAGAAGACACGGAGAAGGUGCUACCGUUAUCGGCAUCUAAACACACUUAUCGGCAUCUAGAAAGUAUAUUUGUCUACCUGAUCCAACAUAAUUACUUCGAGCAGUUGAGGAAGCUGCUGGAUGAGAAGGUACCACCGAUGGCGGAGAUGACAUCGGUCGCGCCUACGCCGAUCUCCAAGUGUUUACUGGACAUGAUCAAACGACCUGUCGACUUGAUUUCUUACGUGAGUCACAGGGAGAAUUUCUCCACGCUCGUGUUGCGGGAACUGUGCAGAAGCGUAUUCUCGCCCAGACUGUCCGAUCCUAUUCGUAUGUUUGUUGUGCCUGCAUUAGCAGAAUUCAAAGACUUUCCAUAUAUCCAGUUAAUUGUCUGUAUCAAUCGACUCCAACUGGUACCUACGAUAAACCUGCUUUAUUGUGUACUGUCAUUGGAUUCAUCUAAUCAGUUUUCAUGGUGCAAAUCUGAGGACGCGCUGACGAAUUACUUGCAAGUGCUCGCAUCUCUGAGUUCAACCAUCGUGCCGUUGAUGGCCGAGCAAAACAUUUCGGAGCGACAGACCGAUAAUGAUUCAGACAACGAAUCGAAUGGUAAUGUGACCGAUCAGGAACAGACUGAUAUCCUGCGGCAGUGCAUUGAGAUGUUAAACGAGCAGCAACGUGUAAACAGCAUUCUAUCGGCGAUUGAACAGAGUCAAUCGGAUCCCCCAAUGUUGCUACAACCACUGUGUCGGUUAUGCCAUCAUCUACUUAUCACGAAUAAGCUAGCCGUUCAAAAAUAUAAACUGCUCUAUAUGCUUGCAUUCAAGCCGGUGUUUCUUAAACAUCUGUGGACUAGCUUAGCGUUGAUUCACCAGACGUCGUUGUUUGGUGGUGGUGCCGCCACAUCUCUUCUGCAGAUUAUAUCACGUGGAAUCGCUCUUUCAUCCGAGGACACCGACAGAAUAGUCCCAUUACUAGCAGUAUUCUGCUCAUUGUUUAGCCUGCUGAUUGCGACACUGCACGACACGGAGUUCUUCCUUGAGCCAACUUCCGCAGAACAUGUGUCCAAAAAUCGGCAGCAGCACACAAUGCCUUUUACUAUCGCGGAGCUGGCAGUGCUGUCUUGUCAUCUAAAGGGUGUCUGCUUAGGUCUAGUGGAGCUAGCGUUUCCUGAUACUCGACCCACAGUGCGCGAUGACUACAGAAACGCUGUACUGGGUCCUACGUCCGCUGUUCAGUGCCGACACGAUACACAAAUCUGGACGCACUUGUUCAAGGUCACAGUGGGUCUUCUACGGCAACUACACACGCGUGAUCUCAGGCGGCAGUUCUGUCCUGAAGGCCAUUGGAUCGCAUCCAACGUCGUCAUUCCCAUUGACAAACCGCAGGACUUUGCAUUCCGUAGACGCCGGCUACGUGGAUAUGUGCCCUUUCAAAAUCUGAGGGCCUUCACGAGGGAGGAGUUUGAAGAGGGGCCACCGUUAUCGGCGACAGAAGUGCGGACAUUAACGUUAUUGCGCGAAAUACCAUUUGUUGUACCGUUCAACAAUCGUGUAGUGGUAUUCCAGUCAUUAAUCUACAAGGACAAAGCGGAACAGCAGGGCGAACUCGCGCACUUCAUGCAGGGUCCGUCGAUACAGAUCUCAGUGAGACGAAAUUACCUCUACGAAGACGCUUUCGAGAAGUUGUCACCAGAAAACGAACCAGAGCUGCGAUUGAAGAUGCGAGUUCAGCUGGUUAAUACCGCGGGAUUGGAGGAAGCCGGUGUCGACGGUGGCGGUCUAUUCAGAGAGUUUUUAUCUGAGUUAUUGAAGACUAGUUUCGAUCCUAACCGCGGCUUCUUCAAACUCACCAAGGACAACAUGCUGUACCCGAAUCCCACGGUGCAGUUGCUAGUUGACGAUUUCCCGAAACAUUAUUACUUUAUUGGCAGGAUCUUGGGGAAGGCACUGUACGAGAAUCUGCUCGUGGAGUUGCCGUUCGCUGAGUUUUUCUUGUCGAAGAUUGUCGGACGCCAGUCAGACGUGGACGUGCAUCACCUGGCCUCCCUCGAUCCCAUUAUGUACCGCAGCCUUCUCUAUCUGAAGAGUUACAAAGGUGACGUGGCGGAUCUCGGAUUGGACUUCACCGUGCUCAGCGACGAGCUUGGCGAGAGACGGGUCGACGAAUUGAAGCCGAGCGGCGCCAACAUCCCCGUGACAAGUCACAAUCGUAUUGAGUACAUUCAUCUGAUGGCCGAUUAUAAACUGAACAAGCAGAUACGUGCGCAGUGUUUCGCGUUCAAGCAAGGAAUCGGCAGUGUGGUACCGCUUGACUGGUUGCAAAUGUUCAACAACAAGGAGCUGCAAGUACUCAUCUCGGGCGCGCAAAUUCCCGUGGACGUGAACGACUUGAUGUUACACACGAAUUAUACUGGCGGAUACGCGCCCGACCAUCCGACUAUCACUGCCUUUUGGAAGGUUGUCAACGAGUUCAACGAUCAGCAGAAGAGCCAACUACUAAAGUUCGUUACCAGUUGUAGUCGCCCUCCUCUCCUGGGAUUCAAGGAACUCGAUCCACCAUUCUGCAUCCAGCAUGCCGGCACCGUGGAUCGUUUGCCGACUUCGAGUACCUGUAUGAACUUGCUGAAACUUCCCGAGUUUCCGGAUGAAAAAAUCCUACGCGAGAAACUCCUAUACGCAAUACAGGCCGGCGCGGGCUUUGAGCUUAGUUAGAGAUUUUUUUAAUUUCACUUCUAUUGACUCCCAUUUGAUCCAAAUGUGUAAAUACAAUGUGUAAAACUUUGUAAGUGUAUAAGAUGUAAUGAGGAGAAAAUGCCAUGAAAAAUUUGUUCAUGCUGUAUUUUACGUGAAUUAGCGUUAGGACUUCCUACAAGAAUUCUUAUGGGGGAAUGUGGCGAAGAUAUUAAUAUUAUAUAACAGGAGGGGCCAACUAUAUAUACACCAGGCAUGCCAAUUUGAACUCCGGAGCCAAGACAAAAGUCAUUGGCGCAAAAAAAAUUCAAUGUGAGUAACAUUUCGGAGACUGAAAUCUUAAAAUAUUGAUAAAUGUCACUCAGCGCGUAUCAACACCAGUCAAUACUUUACAGUGAAAUCUUACACUGAAUUUUUUGCGUCGAUGGCUUUGCGUUUUGGCUCCGGAGUUCAAAUUGGACAGGCCUGAUAUACACUAAGCAAAAGUACCUACCAACGGAGAUUAUCAUCGAUGUCACUUUGAUGCGCCGUUUGUAAAGAA